AUGUCGGAGCCUCAGGCGAGUGCUAAGGUGAUCAUACACACUGUGAAAGGUCGGAUUAACGUGGAGCUGUGGGCGAGAGAGAAGCCAGGUCACGCUCGGAGGUUUCUGGAGGCUUGCACCAGAGGACUGUUGACGGAUGGGUCGCUGAAUGAAAUGUCGAGAUCUCGCGAUUGUAUCAUGUUCUCCAAGGUUGAGGAUGGUGGAAACGGGCGUCAGACUUGGUCGGAGCAUAACGCCAGAAUACGAUGGCGGACGGGCUCAGUUGGUUGGGACAGUGUUCGGGAACGGUGGUUUAUCAGCCUAGUUCGUCUGUCUGAGGAAGACCAGAAAGUGGUUAUCGGCAAGGUUGUGGAUGAUUCCAUUUACACGCUGCGCAAGAUCGUGGAUGAAAGCGAGAUAGGUUCUGACGGGAGGCUCUUGUACCCGGCGACAGUCCGCAAGGCUGAAGUAACGAUUCCUUACUUCGACGAUUUACCGGCUGCAGAGAAGGUGGAGGCGGCCGACGCUCCGAAACCGUCUCUGAAGAGCGGUGCCAAGGUUAGAAUAUCGUUUGCUGACGAUGAAGAUGACGAUGGUAGGCCUCUUAAGCCUGUGAAGAGGAUGAAAAUCAAGAUGCCCCCAACUAUUUCAGACAAACUGCCUGUCGAGCAGGUAUCUAUUGGUGACGAGUCUGCGGUUGGGGUCCCACGGGAAGGAAGCGACCGAGAAGGUGACAAAGCGCAGGGCAGCAAGAGCUUGCAACUUGAGCGUAGCGAAACGCCCGCAGCUCAUCAAAAAGUGGCCGAAUCAGCUGUAAGUAGCCGGGAACAAGAGACUUUGAAAUUGUUGGCUCUUUUCGAGCAAAAGACGAAAGAUAAGAAUAUUCUCAACAGAUGA